CCAUGACAGUCAGCUGAUUUACCCCACGUGACUUGGACUUUACGGAAAAGAAAACCUACCAUGGCAGGAUCUGAGUCGUCAAGUAAAUUGCGUACUAUCAUGGCCUUUAUUGCUCUUUUAUUUCCCCUUUUAUCUACUGGACAUUGCAGCAGUCAGGUACCACUUGUAAUGUGGUCCAGUGAAGGGUACACCUUGCCACCCAUGGCAUCUCCAGCUGCUGGUCACAUAAUAUCUAAUGACCAACUGAUGUCCUACCUAAAUUCUGCUCUGGGGUCUGCCCCACACAACGUGCUUCUCUUCCUACAGGACAAGCUGAGCAAAGAUGACUUCACAAGGUAUGGGGGUGUUUUUGGAAACAAUCAUGAGAGUGCCUUUCCCAACCUGGAGUCUGCAUUACAGUCUUCCUCUUCGUUGGUGCUGCCUGCCCUGUCAUGGCUUGGUGCUAGUGCCGUCCCAGGUCUGCUACAGGAGAAGCUGGGUGUUUCCCCACUCAGCGUAGACCCAGACACACUGGCGCAUCUCCGACUCAAUGCAUCAGACAACACUCUGCUGCUUAUCAUCCUGCCCUAUUCUACUAGUGCUUACCUGUCCUGUAAGGAAGUCCUGCGUAGCAAUGAUGAGGUCAUUGGUAAAGUUCUGAGCAUCAUGAAAGCCCAGGGUGUUCCCUACACUGCUAUUUACACUGGACUCAAGCCCUCACGAGUGAUUGAGGAGCCAUCCAUGGUUGGCCAGUCUUCUAUGGGCCGGUCCUUGCUGCAGGCGGUUAUCGAUGAGGUCAAACCUCCUUUGAUGUUUAACACUACUAGUGGCCCUUGCAUCAUGCUCUGGGCCCAGAAUCUCAACGUCAGCUUUAAUAACCUGGAAUGGAUUGACCUCGGUCCAUUGACCUUUGCUCCAGGUGGCUCUGUGAGCACGGCUGGGUCCUUCUGUAAUGAAACAAAUUCACAGCUUGUCCUUGAUUAUGGAAGUUCUGUUCCAACGUACAACCCCUUCCGUCUCAUCUUCUCCAUGAGCCAGCGGCGCUACCCUGUGUCUGCACGAAACUGGUUCACCCUGGACACAGUGCAACUGCUAUUCAAUGCCGAUACAGCCAUUUACAAUGGCAGCCGGGGCAUCUACGCCCCGGCAGAGUACUCCUUCCACUGCCAGAAUGUCAACAACUUCCGUAAUGCACUGCUUGUGCCCCGCACUCAGAAUGCUACCCAGUGGAGGAUUCUCUUCACCGACUUCCAGAUCCAAGGCUUCAGUAUACUGAACAAGACAACAGUUUUCUCCUAUGCCAGUGACUGUGCUGGCUUCUUCACACCAGGGAUCUGGAUGGGCCUGAUCACCUCUCUGCUGAUGCUGCUAAUCCUCACCUACGGCAUGCACAUGAUCAUGCAGCUACGCUCCAUGGACCGCUUUGACGACCCUAAAGGCCCCUCAAUCUCAGUGCCUCAGUCGGAGUAAUGAAGACAAGAGAAAGCCCCUGAGCCUGGUCCCAGAUCUGUUUGUGCUGUCUUGCCUACCCCUAUGGUCAUUGUCGUGUGACAUUGACCAUGUGACAAUGUAAGUUGGCAAGACGACACAAACAGAUCUGGAACCAGGCUAACCCCUCCACUCCCCUAACUUAUGUUCCCUCCUUUUGAUUUGCUCAUGACUUAUUCGAUAUAUUCUAUUGUCAUUCGCUUACUUGCUUUAGCCACCUCCACCCUGUUCUCUGAUUGUCAGCAUUGAGCAUUCCCAUCCUCUUAGUCUUUGUCAAAUCACAUUUUAUUCGUCACAUGGUUCGUAAACAACAAGUGUAGACUAACAGUGAAAUGCUUUCUUAUGGGCCC